UUUUUAAAUUUUGUAACAGCGGCUGUGGACUAAAAAAAAAAAAAGAGACGCAGAAGACGGAAGGACGCCGUGGCUGUGAAAAGACCUUAGUCGGACUUUAGUGUUUGACCAGAGAUUUAAUUUGAAACUUUUAAAGAUAAAUAUUAUCGUCUAAGUGUCGAGAGUAAUUUUGUCGUGGUUGGUUUUAAAAGGCAACACGGCGAGUUUGUGCGUGUAGCCUAGUUAGCUUGGUUACCAUAGCUAGCGAGUCGUUUUAAAGCCGCCUCCGUUCUUUUAAAAAGCAGCAUUUGCCUUCAGAAUGAGCGCCGGAGCCGCGAAGACGGUGGCCCGCGUCGACCCCAAGUCGGCUCCCCUUAAGGAGAUCCCCGAGUGCCUGGUCGACCCCCGGACCAUGAGAUGCUACACGCGCGGCCGCUUCCUGGGCAAGGGGGGCUUCGCCAAGUGCUACGAGAUCACGGACGUGGAGACCAAGCAGGUGUUCGCCGGGAAGAUCGUCCCCAAGUCGCUGAUUCUCAAGCAGCACCAGCGGGAGAAGAUGACCUCCGAGAUCGCCAUCCACAAAAGCCUCCACCACGCCAACAUCGUCGGCUUCCACGACUUCUUCGAGAACGAUGACUUCGUCUUUGUGGUGCUGGAGAUCUGCAGGAGGAGAUCGCUGCUGGAGCUGCACAAGCGUCGUAAGGCGGUAACCGAGCCCGAGGCGCGCUACUACAUGAUGCAUCUGCUCAAGGGAGUCCAAUACCUGCACAAUAACAAAGUCAUCCACAGAGACCUCAAACUGGGCAACAUCUUCCUCAACGAUGACAUGGAUGUCAAAAUAGGCGACUUUGGCCUGGCCACCAAGAUCGAGUUUGACGGCGAGCGGAAGAAGACGUUGUGUGGAACGCCCAACUACAUCGCUCCUGAGGUUCUCUGCAAGAAGGGGCACAGCUUUGAGGUCGACGUGUGGUCGCUCGGGUGUAUAUUGUACACGUUGUUGGUGGGCAAGCCGCCGUUUGAGACAACCUGCCUGAAGGAGACGUACAACCGCAUCAAGAAGAACGAUUACACAAUCCCCUGGCACGUCAACCAGUCAGCGUCGGUGCUCAUCAAGCGGAUGCUGCACGCUGACCCCAGCCAGCGUCCCACCAUUACAGAAAUGCUAACGGACGAGUUCUUCGCCACCGGCUUCAUCCCGCCGCGCCUGCCCACCACCUGCCUCACUGUGCCACCGCGUUUCUCCAUAGCGCCUUCCACAGCCGCCGACCACGCCCAGAGGAGACCCCUGACCGCCAUUAACAACAAAGGAGAGUCUGAGAAGGGCGACUGCAAGGAUGAGCAGCUUCCAAGGGAGGAGGAGGCGGUGGACCACGUGAAGGACAUGCUGCAGCAGCUCAACACUAUCAUUGCUGCCAAACCCUCAGCAAGACCCCUCGUACGUCAAGAGGAGGCAGAAGAUCCUGCUUGCAUUCCCAUCUUCUGGAUCAGCAAGUGGGUGGACUACUCGGACAAAUACGGACUAGGCUACCAGCUGUGCGACAACAGCGUGGGUGUGCUCUUCAACGACUACACACGACUCCUCAUGUACGCCGACGGCGACAGCCUGCAGUACAUCGACAAGGCGACGGCUGAGUCGUACAUCAGCGUGCGCUCGUACCCGCCCGCACUCAACAAGAAGAUAACUCUGCUCAAGUACUUCCGCAACUACAUGAGCGAGCACCUGCUGAAGGCCGGCGCCAACAUGGCACGGCGGGAAGGCGACGAGCUGGCACGUCUGCCCUACCUGUCGCUGUGGUUCCGCACCAAGAGCGCCAUCGUGCUGCACCUCAGUAACGGCACAGUGCAGAUCAACUUCUUCCAGGACCACACCAAGCUGAUCCUGUGCCCGCUGAUGGGCGCGGUGACCUACAUCGACGCCAAGCGGGACUUCCGCACGUACAAGCUGUCCCUGCUGGAGGAGUUUGGCUGCAGCAAGGAGCUGGAAAGCCGCAUGCGCUACGCCAAGCUUAUGGUGGAGAAGCUGAUGGACAGCACGGUCACCAACGCCGCCCGUUAGGAGGUUCUAUUUAUUGUAUAUCCCAUGAAUCCAACUAUACAUUUUUCACUUGUUUUUGGGGACCUUCUCGGACUUCCAUCUUCACGUCCUGUCAGAUUCUCUGCUCUUUUCUGUGUGUGUUUGUGGUUUCAUCAUGGACAUUAUCUAUUUCUGUUUUUAAAAAAAAUAUGUAUUUUAGAUAUUUGGUCAUCUUCAGAUGUACAAAUGUGUACAUAUUGCUGAACAUACAUGCUUUAAAAUUUUACAUGUUUAAAUAAAGAUUCUCUGAUCAAGCCAA